CGUUCGGCAAUAUUCGGCAGCCUGUUGGCACUCGCCGUACUAGUCGCUCAAGCACCAAACUCGGAUGGCGCCAGAAUACUUGCAGUCUACGCCUUCCCAGCCAAAAGUCACUUUAUGAUGCAUCGGGUCUUGAUUAGUGAGUUGGUGAAGCAUGGUCAUCAGGUCACCAUGAUUACAGCGCACACAUUUGAGUCACUCAAACUAGGCAGCAACUACACUGAGAUACUCAUUGAGCCGGAGUACAGUUUUUACACGAAGGUUAAGGAACACCUCGGUUCAGCUUCUCUCUAUGAAAUGAAAAACGAUGUGGCCCUGUUUCAAAAAUUGGUUGAAAUUUUGGGCGAGGCCACCACGGACCAUGCGCUUAAACUACCAAAAGUACAGGCAAUUAUUAAUGCCAAACAAACGGAAGAUGUGUAUGAUUUGCUGCUAGUGGAACAAUUCUAUCAAGAAGCCUUUCUUGCUUUGGCCCAUAUCUACAAAGUGCCUGUGGUGAGCACUGCAACAUAUGCCCAACAGAACUUCAUGAGCCAAAUGUUCGGCUUAAUUACACCUUGGUCAUACGUACCAAUGGGCUCCCUGCCACUAGCCGAACGCAUGAGCUUUUGGGAGAGAUUUACCAACACCUACUAUUCACUUCGCCUGGACAUAGGGCGAGAAUUAAGUUACUUUCCAAAAAUGGAUGAGCUUGUAACGAAAUAUUUUGGACAUUUGCCAA